AUGCAGAGCUUAACUGGUUUCGUGCUCCUCGCAGUUGCAUACAACGUUCUGGCCUUGCCUUUCAAGAACGUCGAAGAGGGCUGCAGCACUCAAACCAUUUCACCGCUUCCCACCCCGAUGAUCUUUGCCAAAGCUGCCUGGGAUGUCGAAAGACGACAAGUCACUGGCCCUGCUCCGAUCUUUGCAAAAGACCAAUUGGAAGUUGGGACCUCCGUUCAUUCUGGAGCUGCUUCAUCUACUGCAGCUCCGAUCGUCCUAAGUCCAGCUAUCUUUGCCAAGGAAGCUUGGGAAAUACAAAAGCGAGGUUCAGCGGCAAGUGCCAUCUUUGCCAAGGAUCAAUGGGAAAUCGAUACCAACAACGUCGUCGAUGCAACUCCUACGUCGCUUCCCGCCGCCCGCAUCUUCGCCAAGGAUCAAUGGGAAAUCGACAGUAUUUCCAACGUCGAUGCGACUCCCACGUCGCUUCCCGCCGCCCGUAUCUUUGCCAAAGAGGCUUGGGAGACAGACUGA